CUGCGGGGACUGAGACAGGAGGAAGAGGCCCUUGGGGCCCUUAGAGUUUUGUCUGAGGCAUGCUGGAGUCUAGGAGGAAAAUGCAGCUUCCAGAAAGGGCCUGGGGAUUCUGAGCAGGAGGGCCUGGCUGCAGACCAAGAUGCCUCCGACCCCAGAGCAGCCCUCUGGGCACAUGGAGGGGCCCCCUGCAUUGGAGACCUCCUCGUGGUCCCCGCUGCCCUGCGGGCCCUGCAUCCCCAUCAUGCUGGCCCUGGCUGUCCUGGCCGCCGUCUUCCUCCUGACCACAGCUGUGCUGGCCGAACGCCUGUUCCGCCGCUCCCUGCGCCCAGACCCCAGCAUCUGCGCACCCACCCUGGUCUGGCGCCCAGGAGGAGAGCUGUGGAUCGAGCCCACGGGCACCCCCCGAGAGCGCUCUGAGGACUGGUAUGGCUCCUCGGUUCCCCUGCUGACGGAUCGGGUCCAAGACCCGCCCACCCAGGGGGGCACCUUGGAGGCACGAGCGACAGCCCCACCUGCCCCUUCAGUCCCACACUCCCCGCCCAGCUCCUUGGUCCCCCAGACCCCACCGAACGCCCCAACCCGUAGCACCUUCUGGAGGCCCCAGGUCUCAGAGGAGAGGUCCCACGCCCCAGGCCUGGUGAGUUGGGCUGAGCCUGAACAGAGACCAGAGGCCAUUGCGUAUCUGGGGAGCCCCCAGGCCCGGAGGCUGCGGCCAGGAAGCCCUGAUCCCGCGGAGUGGGGCCUCCAGCCUCGGGUCACCCUGGAGCAAAUCUCAGCUUUCUGGAGGCGUGAAGGGCGGACCAGCGUGGGUUUCUGAAUCCUCUGGACCUGGAGGACUGGCCUUCCCGAGACUCCCGCCCAGAGGGAGGCCCAACCUCCAAAGGAUUUUAAGACCCUGAGGCUCCUGAGACCCUGAGCUGACACCUGAGGCCCCCCAGGAAAGAAUGCCUCUCCCAGGCCUUUUACUUCUGGAUUUUGGUUCCCCUGGAUCUGGGCCCAUGCAGCCUGGGUGUGGACAGAGCCUGUGCUGCAGGGCAAGCUCAGAGGUGCUUAGCUGCCUGGGGCCGUGGCACAGAGAACUGGAGCUGGGGCCAACUCUGAGCUGGAAACUGCCAAGAUCACAUUCCAGGUGAAGAACUCAAGGUACCAGGCAGACAGAAAAUAGCAUCGACGUAGAAGCUUCCACCCUCCUUUAGUGUGUACCUAAGAUGCCGACACUGGAGCGAAAAGUCCCAAGGAUGCUGAAGAAGAGAAUGUGGUGAUGACGAGUGGCAGCCGUGCUAGCAGGAGAUGACAGGAGUUCAGCUUCCCAGAGCCACGUCAUCCGUCCAGGAAAACACACACGGCGAGGUCCAGAUCAGGCAAAAGAGCAUCAUAUUACAUACAGACUGUGGCUUGGACCCCCAUCUCACAACAAGAGGCCCUCUCUUGCCUGCAGCUGGGACCUUGAGUCCAAAUAGGCCAGCGGACAUCAUGUCCUCUUGAGACCGCUGCAUCUCAGCCCUCUGGAUCUUACCCCUCCACAGUGAGUGAGGUGCGAGCCAAGGAGAUCUGAAUUUGAUCCAAUGUGGAAAGGAGCAUUCUCCCAGGGCAGGGCAGUUCCCAAAACGUGGCCCCUGGCCAACUUUCCUCCCGGCGUGGCUUGCGGUAGGGGUCCAGAGAGACAGAACUGCCCCAAGACAGGCUUACUUAUAAUGUUCUGCGCCACAAGAAUGGAGCCCCAAUAUCUAUAUCAGCUGACCUCCCCUUUGGGUGCAGAGCCAGGGUUGGGGGGAGGCAAAGAAACUUCCAUUCCCUGAGGUCUGAUUUCCCAAAUUUCAAUCCUGAAUGUUAGGAUUUUUCCCAUAUCAGUU